AGUAUAAUUAUUUUAUUGCGCAGUAUGAGGAAAACAACUUUUUAAAAUAUAAAGUGUAUUAGUAUAAAAGGUUAGUGUUCGCAUUAAAUUGCGGAUAAUGCAAGUGUAUACUACUGCACUUGGCACGUACCGUGAUUAUAUUAACAAACAAAAUACGGGAAAAAACGGCGGUUUGACGUGGUUAGGACACGAUUUCUCGGGACCGGGUAAUAAAGUCGCUAAUGAAAAAAAUCAAUUUAUUGCUGAAAGCUUGCCAACGAACGAAGUAGAUUGGAUCGCAUUAGAACACGACGUACAAUAUCAUAACGCUGGCAGUGGUAAUAUCGAUGAAAUAGGAAAUUACGACCUGCAAGCAGCGGAGAGGUCGUUGAACGUAAAAAAUUCUAAUUUCGGUGGCAAAUACGCAACUGCGUUUGGUUUAUAUGGAAAACAUUUUUUAGAACGUACUUUGCAAGGUAUUACAGGGAAUUCGCAAGCCAUAUACCCUAAUUCAGAAAAACCUAGCAAGCCUAUAGAGUGGUUCACAGAAGCUAAAAAACGUCGAAAAGAAUUGAUUUCCGACUCAUAUGUGGAAAAGAAUACCGACACAACAAUGUCCGGAGCUGAACGAAAUGCCACAGAGUCCGGAGACAAACGUACUGUUGAUGAAGCUGGUAUCGAUCCUGGAGGAAAUGCAUCAAAAAAGUCAAAUAAUCCCACAGCGUCAGCCCUCACUGCCGGCACGAAUAUUCCGGGUAUCGGGCCUAAUUCUGAUGCUGGUGACAGUAACGCUGUCGGUAUGCUACACAUGGUUAUACCUAGACCCAUCGACGAUACGAAAAAUAGGUCUUUGGUCUUUUCAAAAAAUCAUGAGUUUCUAUCGUACGGAAUACAAUGGAAGCCUAUUAAACACACUGGCAAUGCAUUUUGGGGAACAACCUCUCUAGCGGAAAUUCCGGUCGACCGUUGUCAUUUGUAUUUAACGUACGACGAAAUUGAAAUGUUACCGGUCGGGUGCUAUAUCGAAAAAGUUAUUUGCAAAGUAAUUUUACGUGGGGCACGCACAGCAUACGAAACAGCUACAACUCAAUCGGAAUUGGCCACUCUUAAUCAAAAUAAAUGGGGAGUGUACGCUAUAGGUCUUAAUAAAACUGUUCCGGGUGUCACCAAAAAAUACACUACCGUUGCGUCAAAUUCCAUGGAACCGCAAGCGGUGUCCAAUUCAGCGCCCGAGACGUAUUCUAAACAACACGACGCUUGGUACUCUAGUACUAAUAAACCACAGGACAAUUUGCCGUGCAGUUUCAUGAAUUUACCUACUGUGCUGCAAAACUAUUACACGUUAUACACCGAUACGGACAAUCAGGCCGGCUAUCAGUGGCCUAGAUUGAACAGACAUUUGCAAAAGUUUGAUUUAAACGCUGCUGUGGGCACUCAAAUUGUACAAUACGAGUACAGUCCUAAAAUAAGUUUGUUGAGAAAACCUUUUAACAGUCAUCAGACGUUUCAUUGGCCGGACACCGGUAACAGCAAUUAUAUUCAAUGUGAACAAGCCGAUUAUUUUUGCCCCAACGGUUCAGCAAUUACGCAAUUUAAACGAGAUAAAUAUUGUACAACAUACAUAAAUCAAAAACCAAAGGAACUUAUGACCGUCACGGAAAAAUCCAAAAGUUGGUCUUACGUAGAAUCUAGUCGUCAUAUAUCACUAAUAGAGCUAUCACAUGUGCUUAUACAAAAAAAGUCCAAUUACACGCCGUCCGAGGCCCAGCCAUCGUUACAUGUAGGUGUUUAUCCGGUGCCACGGGUAACAGCAAAGGACAAUAUUGUAGUGCCAACGAAAUUUUUAGACAUCGAAGCUUACUACACCGUCGAAACGACCUGCAUAGUUAAAUUCGGUUACCCUACUGCCUUGGCACGAUUUAAAAAUUGCAACGUUAACGUUGAAAAUGAAAUGUUUACGAUGGGUGUUGACGCUGGUGUAGCCGAAGCGGACGGGAAUUACUCUACGUGUUACGGUAGACACUCUCUGAAACAAGUAGACGCGGAAAACUGAUAUCGGCGGCCGUUUU